AGAGUGGAAAAGUACGGGGUAUUGAUUAUUUUCGACUGGUGCAUGUGGUGCUUUAAUUGUUUUUAAUAUUUAAUUUUAAUAAUAAUUGUUGGUGUUUAAAUUUGAUACGAUUCUAUAAAUCAUGAAGCAAGUAACCGCCGCUGUUCCAAACGCAAUAUUUGGCCAAAACAGUUUUAUGAUUCGAAAUGUAAUUGAAGACCAGGGAAAAGUAGUCUUCAUAUGUCUCAUUACAAUACUUUUGUCGAUUUUACCUGUUGGAUACUAUAUUGUUUUAUUGAAUGUACCGGAAAAAGUGUUUCAAGCAUUCAUAUUUGAUCAUUUUGAAAAUAUAUUUGGUCUUCAGCUGAGCAAAACAGAGGAGAGCUUGGUUUGGUCACUUACAGUAUCUUCUCAGGGAGUUGGUGCUUUAAUAGGAUGCCUUAUAGUGUCUCCAAUAUCAAAAUUCGGUGCAAAAGAUGUACUGAUGCGUCUGAACAACGUCAUUCUGAUUGCAGGCUCACUUCUGAUGUUUUUGUCCUAUUGGAUUACAUUCCCGAUUGCGUUUAUUGUAGGCAGAAUUUUAACUGGUGUCUACACAGGUUUAGCUUGUGCAUUUGCCCCACUUUAUCUCCAACAAAUAAUACCAAAAAAUAUAAAAGGAUCUAUGAGCUGCUUUCUGCAUAUUGCAGUAUGUUUCGGAUCAUCACUUGGAGCAAUUUUCUCGCUUCCGUUUAUGUUUGGAAGUGAGACAACAUGGCCGAUUCUUGUCGUUUUACCUGCGGGUUUUGGUAUAAUUAUGCUGGCGGCAUCAUAUUUCAUCCCAGAUACUCCAAACAAUUUAUUGCAAAUGGGAAGAUACACAGAAGCUAUCGAAAGUAUUAAAUUUUAUUACGAUAUAGAAGAUAGUGACGAAGAUGAGAUAAUCAAAGAAUAUUGGGACAUGGUACCUGAGAUGCCUGAACAACUCUCACUUUGUUCGGCUUUCUCGAAUUCUUCCAUUAGACGGGGGAUUUUGCUUGGCAUGGUUGUAAGUGCUACUCAAAUAUUUUCGGGGAGUAUGGUUACAAUUUCAUAUUCUACAGAAAUGUUUGAAGCAGUAUCCUUCAUUGAUAUUCUUGUCCCAUUCCUACCUGCCCUUGGUUCCAUUCUAUCAAUUCUUCUAACUAUCCCAGCUCUCCGAUGGGUUGAGACAAGAGGAAGACGACCAUUGCUACUCAAAACACUAAUGUUUUGUAUAAUUGCAAAUGUCUUUCUUCUAAUAUUCACUUUAAUAUCAAGUGAUAGUUCUGGAUGGGCAUCUUGGGGAUUCGCAGCUGCAUUUUUCAUGUAUGGUAUUGGAUACAAUUUGGGUGUUGGACCAGUUGCAUAUUUCCUCCCAGCUGAAUUAGUUCCACCUGAAGCAGCGAGUGCAAGUUUAGGUGCGGCGGUUGCUGUGAAUUGGAUUUGUACAAUUACCACGACACUGUUUUAUUAUCCAUUGAGUAAGACUGUUGGAGGAUGGAGUUACUUGAUAUUUAUUAUUCCAACGUCUAUUUUCUCAAUGAUUUUAUGGAGGUUACUUCCAGAAACUAAAUUUCAUUAUAAGAUUGAUCCAUUGGAAAUACGACUUCUGACAGAUCUCGGACCAUCAAUUGCUCCGAAUUAUGGUACAUUAGACCUUGACGAACCAACUUUGUUUUGAAUCGCUUUUUCAAUAAUUAAAUAGUUUGUUUGUUUCCAUGUCAUAAUAAAAUACGUUAUCUUUUU